AUGCCUAGACCAUCACGUGAAUCAUAUGGCGAUCAAAAGCCUCCAUAUUCAUAUAUAUCCCUGACUGCGAUGGCUAUUUGGAGUUCACCAGAAAAAAUGCUACCUUUAAGUGAUAUUUAUAAAUUUAUAACGGAUCGUUUUCCCUACUAUCGCAAAAAUACACAACGGUGGCAGAAUUCAUUGCGACAUAAUCUCAGUUUUAACGAUUGUUUUAUCAAAGUCCCUAGAAGACCUGAUAGGCCGGGAAAAGGGGCUUAUUGGGCUUUACAUCCGCAAGCAUUUGAUAUGUUUGAAAACGGAAGUUUAUUAAGGCGAAGAAAAAGAUUUAAACUGCAUAAGAACGAUAAAGAUAUAUUAAAUGAAGAACUUGCUGCUCUUGCAAAUCUAAACAGGUUUUUCUUUACAACAACUGGAAAUCACAGUGGGACAAUAGGAACGACGAUGCCGGCUUUAGAUGUAACACCGACGUCUUUAAUAGCGGACACUAAUUUUUACGUGACAAGAAUGCAAUCAGCAAAUAUCGCACUACAUUCCUCACCAAAUUCUGCGAUUCAACAUAUUCAUGAUGUUAUUUCACCGACGGUAUUAGUACACCAUAAUAACCAUUCAGUUUCCUCUAUGCCUACAUCCACUGUAACAUCAACGACAAUUCUUCCGCAUCAUCCGUCUCCUUCAUCAUCCGCUAUUGACACAACUAUGCAAUUUAAUAGCUACCGUCCAAAACGGGCAUUUACUAUCGAAAGUCUUAUUACUCCAGAUAAAAUCAAUGAUUCGUCUACUGAAGACAGUUUUAAUGGCGAUGAUCGAAACGAUGAUAUAGAUGUCGUUGACAAUAGCAGCAUUCUAGUUGAUGAUACACACACCAUAACCAUGAUGGCUUCUCCUGAUUUGUCAAAAAAUUCUACAAAUAAUAAAAAUCCACCGAUUGAUGAUAUAUACAGACCUUUGCCUCCACUACAUACAAUAACAGCUGCAGCAAAUCUUCCCUUUUUGCAAUAUACAACUGGUGUCAAUGUCACUACAUCCCAAUCAAAUAUGCCUCAUAGUUACGACAGUCCCGCCUCCCAUCCGAUGCUAGUGAUGACAAAUCCAAUGAGCAACCUUCAUCAGACUUAUUAUUCAAAUAUUAGCAUACCUAUGUCAGUGUCCAAUGUUCACCAUACAACUGCCGAUAUCCAUCACCAUCGCUCCAAUUCAACCUUACGAACUGUGUAGCGGCUCAACUCUACUAUAGUAUUAUAAAUGGUAUAUAAAACUUCUAGUUCCUAAUAUUAAGUGUUUAGUAUCAAAAACAUUGAAUACAUGUCACAACUCCAAAUGUAUGCCUAUAAAUAUAUUCUUGGAAUUAUACAUAUGAACUUCAAACAUGUUUCGAACAUUCGAUUUUAAGAACAUCGCGUACAGCGAACUAUCAAUAUUUUUACAUUUAGUAUUUUAUAUAACGAACAUAAAACAUA